GCAGGACUUAUUAUCUUUGUUGAGAGCCGGUCACACUGCAUUCCACCAUUUUCUUUGUCGCUUUGUUGCGCCCGUGUGCUAUUCGAAAAUUCUGUGAUCAAAAACCGACUAAUUACGCAUAGAAAAUGGAGAUGUCCUUGAAUCCCGUGCGCGUGCUCAAGAAUGAGGCGCAGGAGGAGAAGGCCGAGAUGGCCCGCCUGUCCUCGUUCAUUGGCGCCAUCGCUAUCGGGGAUCUGGUGAAGAGCACCCUGGGCCCCAAGGGCAUGGACAAGAUCCUGGUGGCCACCGGCCGCAAUGCCGGCCAGGUGGAGGUGACCAACGAUGGUGCAACGAUUCUGCGUGCCGUCGGUGUCGACAAUCCGGCCGCCAAGAUCCUGGUCGACAUGUCGCGUGUCCAGGACGAGGAGGUGGGCGACGGCACCACCUCGGUCACCGUGUUGGCCUCGGAGCUGCUGCGCGAGGCCGAGAAACUGGUCGAACAGAAGCUGCACCCACAGAUCAUCGUCUCCGGCUGGCGCCAGGCCACCCAGGUGGCCCUGGAGGCGCUCACCGCCGCCUCCCAGGACAACUCGUCCAGCAACGAGAAGUUCCGCAACGAUCUGCUCAACAUUGCCCGCACCACGCUCUCCUCGAAGAUCCUGCACCAGCACAAGGACUUCUUCGCCAACUUGGCCGUGGACGCUGUGAUGCGUCUGAAGGGCUCCGGCGAACUGAAGUCCAUUCAGAUCAUCAAGAAGUCGGGCGGCACUCUGGAGGACUCCUUCCUGGACGAGGGCUUCCUGCUGGACAAGAAGCCCGGCGUGCACCAGCCACAGCGUAUCGAGAAUGCCAAAAUCCUGAUUGCCAACACGCCCAUGGACACCGACAAGAUCAAGGUGUUCGGCAGCAGCAUCAAGGUCGAUUCGCUGGCCAAGAUCGCCGACUUGGAGAUGGCCGAGAAAGAGAAGAUGAAGGAAAAGGUGGACAAGAUCCUGAAGCAUCAGUGCAACGUGUUCAUCAACCGCCAGUUGAUCUACAACUAUCCGGAGCAGCUGUUCGCCGAUGCCCAGGUGAUGUCCAUCGAGCAUGCCGACUUUGAUGGUAUCGAGCGUUUGGCUUACUGCACCGGCGGAGAGAUUGUCUCCACCUUCGAGAAUCCCUCGCUGGUGAAGCUGGGCGAGUGCGAUGUCAUCGAGCAGGUGAUGAUCGGCGAGGACACACUGCUGCGCUUCAGCGGCGUCAAGCUGGGCGAGGCCUGCACCAUCGUGAUCCGCGGCGCCACCCAACAGAUCCUGGACGAGGCCGAUCGCUCCCUGCACGACGCCCUGUGCGUGCUGGCGGCCACCGUGAAGGAGUCGCGCAUCAUCUUCGGUGGCGGCUGCUCGGAGGCGCUGAUGGCCAACGCUGUGCUGAAGAAGGCUGCCGAGACUCCCGGCAAGGAGGCCAUCGCCAUCGAGGCCUUUGCCCGUGCCCUGCUGUCGCUGCCCACGGCCAUUGCCGACAAUGCCGGCUACGAUUCCGCCCAGUUGAUCUCGGAGCUGCGUGCCGCCCACGCCCAGGGCAAACAGACUCUGGGUCUGGACAUGGAGCUGGGCAAGGUGGCCGACGUUCGCGAGCUGGGCAUCACCGAGUCCUUUGCCGUGAAGCGCCAGGUCCUGAUGUCCGCCUCCGAGGCUGCAGAGAUGAUCCUGCGCGUGGACAACAUCAUCCAGUGCGCUCCACGCCGACGCGUUCCCGACAGGGGCUACUGCUAGACGCUUAAGAAGUAUUCUCGUUCUAGGAUCCUAUUUUUUUAAUUAUGAACUCUCGUUUAACAUCAUCGCUCUAAUCUAAUACGUUUUGUUUACACUAAUAACACCACACACCACACACAUUAGCAUUUAUAUUGCAUCCCCCAAAAAGAAGAAGAAAAACAAAAAACAAAAUCGCACACUUUCUCUCGCUAAAUUUGUCCCUUUCGUGUAAUUCUUUCACUUAAUUGUUAAACAAAUUGAUAUGUUGCAAGCCGAGCUUUUGAUUCGAUAAGUGGAUAUGGGUGCGAUCAAACAAAAACAUUUCAAAAAUGUCUAAAACACCAUCAAAACCAAAACCAACAAAUAAACAAACUUGUAAAUGAAUACAAUUUUUGUAAACAUUUUAUGUGUGCAAAUUGAAGACCAUUAAACAGCAAGAAAAAAAAAACUGAAAUAAAUGAUAAUAUAUUUAUGCUUAACAAAACUAAACGAAA